AAGUUAAAACCCUGAAACAUUCCCAAGACGACGACGCAUUAAAGCCACAACCAUAGCCAGAUCGACCCACACACAAACAUUUUCUUUCUCUUCUAUGGCUGUGUCUGAUGCUGUAGUGAGUAACCUAACGGUGCUGUACGUGGCGGUGAUCGCCUGCAUCAAGGCGUAUGGCUUCGUUUGCGGACGCAGCUUCGGCGGCGCCUUCGUCCUGCUCGUUUCCACUGCCACCGUCGCACUCAUUCUCGUCGCCACGCUCACCUGGGACGUCUCUCGUAAGGCCACCUACGCCUUCGCCGCCGAUCACUCUCCGCCGCCAUCCCCGCCGCAUCACGCGCACGAGCCGUGCAAGGGUGGCAUCUGUUGGCACGGCGUCGCCGUGCGCUCGCCGGCAUCGCAGGUUCGCUUCAGACUCCCGCAGAAUCUUCCUCACACAACUUUGUGAUCAGUGAAUCCCUCAUCAUCAACACACAUGCCAACAGAAAAAAAAGGGGGUUUUGCUAAUUACUUCUUCUUUUUACUUUUUCUUUUUCUUUUUUGUUGUUGUUUUUUUACCUUUUUUUUAGUUAAGUUCAUAAAUAUAUAAAUAUAUAUAUAGAGAGAGAGAAAGAGAGAGAGUGUUUUCUUUGUCUUUUUUUUUAUUACUUUCCUUUUUUACCAAAAAGACUUGUAUAUGUUGUGAUAUAUGAUGACAUAUAUAAAUAAGGGUUGGAGGGUUUAUGUGAAUAAA